UUGAUGAGUGCGCUUACUCACGCUGCUGACGUUGACCUUUGAAGCAAAUUUUCAACAAAUUGCGGUUAUCACAGGGAGGCAGAGUAAAAACAGCAGGUUCUGGUCUGCAAGCACAAGGACGGUGCAUUUGCACAGGUAAAGACCUCCUGCUCUGUGAUAAAGUCAAAGUUCAAAAUGCAGCUCUUUCAAAGCACCCUUAUCAUCUGUGCUUUUGUUGCUGAAGUGCAAGCUCUGACCUGUUACUCCUGCACCACACAAGGGCGCUCAUGCACGACCGAAGAAAUUGCUUGCACGCCCAGGAUCAACAGCUGCAUCACGCAAUCAGUCUCAGCAAGUGGUGGUGGAGUGAACUAUGACGUCAUUUUAAAAAACUGUGGAAUGUGUGAAGGAAAUGUCUCAAUGCACUUUGGUUCCAUGAAAUUCAGUCAGCUUUGCAAAAGCUGCAGUUCCAAUCUGUGUAACAAUGAGCCUUUCAUAGAGGAAUCUUCCAAAUUGAAUGGCCUUGAGUGCUAUACCACUUCACUUGAAGACCCCAAUGCCAUAAGCACUGUAAAAUGUACUGGAACUCAGGAUCGCUGCGUUAACGUUUUAGCCCAGUUUGGGGGAGUUAAACUGGAAAUGAGAGGUUGUGCAUCCAAGCUCAUUUGCCAAAACUUUGAUACAUCACAAAUGGGGAUCCAGUUGAGUUAUACCCCAAACUGCUGUGAGACCAACUUGUGCAAUAAAGCCACUCUCCUUCCAGGCUCCGGGAUUUCUCUCCCCAUCCUGGCGGCUGUUGUCAUGGCGACGUGGUUGUGAAGGGGAACCUAACACAUCCCUCAGGGGGCAGCAGUUGGGACGUCCCCGCUUUCGGCAAGAUUCAGCCGCCAGAACGAAGGAAAUAAAUCAAUAAAUGAAAUUAAAAAACAAGCAAAAUCCGCAAUUCGAGGCCGCUCUCAGCUUUUCCUAACUUUCUGUUGUGUGUUUUGAUUGUAUCAGGACGGCUCAUUCAAAAUAAAAGUCUAUCGCCGCGCUCUGUAAUUAAUGAAUAAACCAUCACAGUUUCAUUAACAAUCGGAGCUUCACUCAAUAAAUGAAAGUUAAUUUAC